CCUUGCUUCCUUGCAUUCUCUGAGGUUCCACUCAUGGCCUGAAAUGUGCCAAUUUGGACUGCCUUGAGGGUGCUUUGCACAAUAGGUAAAUAGGAUGGGACACUGGGUUUGCCAGCUGCCUUUGGCCAAGUUCCUUCCACUCUGGGGACUGAGCUCUGUGGCCUGAGCUUACCAACCAACCAGAAAAGAAGACGGAAACCCUGAGAAACCGAGCCCAGGCGGCUCAGGGCCAGAGGCUGCAUGGGAGCAUGAUUGAGGACCUGCUAGAGGCUGGCAAAGCACACAGGCUGAGCGCCGAGGAGAGGGACCAGCUGCUGCCAAACCUGAGGGCCGUGGGGUGGAAUGAGCUGGAAGGCCGCGAUGCCAUCUUCAAGCAGUUUCAUUUCAAAGACUUCAACAGGGCUUUUGGGUUUAUGACAAGAGUGGCCCUGCAGGCUGAGAAACUGGACCACCAUCCUGAAUGGUUUAACGUGUACAACAAGGUCCACAUCACACUGAGCACCCACGAGUGUGCCGGCCUUUCAGAACGGGACAUAAACCUGGCCAGCUUCAUUGAACAAGUAGCAGUGUCCAUGACGUAGACCCCGCCCUUCCUCUUUGAAUUCCUCUGGGGGAAGGGGUGACUGAACUGGGAAUCCAGGGAGGGAGCUGAGGAGCCCUUGGCCUCUCCCGACUUCCCUCCCAAGACCCAGUUGCCUCCACUGAGGGGUGAGUCCUGGCUGUGGGAUGUGCCAGCAUCCCUACCAACAUCAGGAAUUUAGACCUUUUCCCUGUACCACUCUCUUUAUCCUGGGGGCUCUGUUACACUGAUUUGAAUAAGCUCUCCCCUUUCUUUGCAACUUCCCAGCAACAAUAAUGAUUUUCUUGCCAGGCUGUAUCUUGCUCCCUAAUUCAUUUCCCAGGAAGCUGUGACAGAGGGUGAAAUAGUCUUGUCUUAGAAACCAAUACCCUAAACCUACACUAUGUAACAGAAACACAUGUGCUUUUAUGUCUCAAAUAAAACUAUGAUAUCACUUGG